GUGUGGAGGAACUAAAUGAAUUUCACGCCUGCCCUCUCGUGUCCUCCACUGCGGCCAUUUUUCUGGUCGACGCUAUCAGACAGACCCAAAAUGCUGACAGCACGGAUAGCAUCGUCUUUGGCACGACAGCUGCCAAAGGCAACCCAGCAGGCUUACAAAAGUGUUUUUGGUGCUGCUGGGUUUAUUGCAGCUAGGAAAAUUCACAUAACAUAUCCCAGCUAUGCAGCUGGACCAGGUGGAGCUGAGGUCUCCUCCAUUUUGGAAGACCGAAUUCUUGGCCAGGCUCCACAAGCCAACCUUGAAGAAACUGGUCGGGUGCUGUCUAUUGGAGAUGGUAUUGCCCGUGUGUAUGGUCUCAAAAACAUCCAAGCUGAGGAGAUGGUUGAAUUUUCUAGUGGACUUAAGGGCAUGGCUUUGAACUUGGAGCCAGACAAUGUCGGAGUGGUGGUGUUUGGUAAUGACAAGCUAAUCAAGGAGGGUGACAUUGUAAAGAGGACAGGUGCUAUUGUGGAUGUUCCUACUGGAAGGGAACUGCUAGGCAGAGUUGUAGAUGCUUUGGGCAAUCCUAUUGAUGGCAAGGGCCCAUUGGGUUCAUCAACAAGGCAGCGUGUUGGCAUCAAAGCACCUGGAAUCAUCCCGCGUACCUCUGUGAAAGAACCUAUGCAGACAGGGAUUAAAGCCGUGGACAGUCUGGUGCCCAUUGGUCGUGGACAACGUGAGCUGAUCAUUGGUGACAGGCAGACUGGAAAAACAGCUGUGGCCAUUGACACCAUUAUCAACCAGAAACGGUUUAAUGAUGGCACAGAUGAGAAGAAGAAACUGUACUGCAUCUAUGUUGCCAUUGGUCAAAAGAGGUCAACUGUAGCUCAGCUGGUAAAACGCCUAACUGAUGCUGAUGCCAUGAAAUACACCAUUGUGGUGAGUGCCACAGCUUCCGAUGCUGCUCCUCUGCAGUAUUUGGCCCCAUACUCUGGCUGUGCUAUGGGGGAGUAUUUCCGCGACAAUGGCAUGCAUGCCCUCAUCAUUUAUGAUGAUUUGUCAAAACAGGCUGUGGCCUACCGUCAAAUGUCUCUGUUGCUGAGGCGUCCACCUGGUCGAGAAGCUUACCCAGGUGAUGUGUUUUAUCUUCACUCACGUCUGUUAGAACGUGCUGCCAAGAUGAAUGAUGCCCAUGGUGGUGGCUCUCUCACUGCACUGCCAGUCAUUGAAACUCAGGCUGGUGAUGUGUCUGCAUACAUUCCCACCAAUGUUAUCUCCAUCACAGAUGGGCAGAUUUUCUUGGAAACUGAGUUGUUUUUCAAGGGCAUCCGACCAGCCAUCAAUGUAGGAUUGUCUGUCAGCAGAGUAGGCUCAGCAGCUCAGACUCGAGCCAUGAAACAGGUGGCAGGCUCCAUGAAGUUGGAGUUGGCUCAGUAUCGUGAAGUAGCUGCUUUCGCCCAGUUCGGCUCUGAUCUUGACCAAGCCACACAAAACUUGCUGAACCGUGGAGUUCGACUGACAGAGCUGCUGAAGCAAGGACAGUAUGUGCCAAUGGCUAUUGAAGAGCAAGUUGCAGUUAUCUAUGCUGGAGUACGUGGUCACCUGGACAAAGUGGACCCAUCUAAAAUCACCACUUUCGAGGCAGAAUUCUUGAAGCAUCUGCGAGCUUCCCAGCAAACUUUGCUGCAGACCAUUGCCAGUGAGGGUAAAAUCACCGAGCAGACCGAGGCACAAUUGAAGAGUGUUGUCACCAACUUCCUUUCUGGUUUUACUGCAUAAAGUGUCACCUUAAGAGGCUUGAACAUUGUAGUGAAAUUAAAUGAGUCUGAGAGAAAUGUUUUACAAAUAAGGCAGUCACAAUACUUAGAGACUGCGAGAGAAACAUGGACCAUCUGUUUUGUGUGUUUGCUUGGAUGAUGGCAUAAAAUGAUAGGUAGAUUCAUUACAUGCCUGUUCAAAUCUGAGUACAUGUUCAUAAAAAAUGUUUAUAAUUUGUCAAAGUAUUUUUAAAUAAAGUGCUUUUGACAUUC